ACUUGGAACGCCAGUUGGAAGAGCAAAAGAAGCAAGCUCAGGAUCACAGGCUGAAAUCCCAGACAGUUCAAAAUGUGGUACUGAUGCCCGUGAGCACUCCAAAGCCUCCAAAAAGACCCCGACUCCAGCGGCCCGCCUCCACCACUGUCCUAAGCCCUUCUCCUCCUGUCCAGCAGCCUCAAUUCACGGUCAUCUCACCCAUCACCAUUACCCCGGUGGGUCAGUCAUUUUCCAUGGGCAAUAUUCCAGUGGCCACCCUCAGCCAGGGCUCCAGUCCUGUGACUGUCCACACACUGCCUUCUGGCCCUCAGCUCUUCCGCUAUGCCACAGUGGUCUCCUCUGCCAAGAGCACCUCACCAGACACAGUGACCAUUCACCCUUCAUCUAGCUUGGCGCUGCUAAGCUCUACUGCCAUGCAGGAUGGGAGUACCCUGGGCAACAUGACCACUAUGGUGAGCCCUGUGGAGUUGGUGGCCAUGGAGUCUGGCCUGACCUCGGCAAUUCAGGCGGUUGAAAGCACCUCAGAGGAUGGGCAGACCAUCAUUGAAAUUGACCCAGCCCCAGACCCAGAGGCUGAAGAUACUGAGGGCAAAGCAGUCAUCUUGGAGACAGAGCUGAGGACUGAGGAGAAAGUUGUAGCUGAGAUGGAAGAACAUCAGCAUCAAGUCCACAAUGUGGAGAUUGUGGUCUUAGAGGAUUAACUGGGGAUCUCUGGGUCAGGAGUUAUGCUUUGGUUUGGAAUUUUAAUUAUUUGUUUAUUUUUAUCAUUGUCCCACUCAUUUCCACAUAGGAUCCUUUUUUUUUAAGACAAAAUCUUGUUGUUGUAACUGAAAAUGUUGGGUUCCUCCCACCCUGUCACUGAAAAAUGGACAAAACAAACUGUCCUUCUGGAAGUUGAGAGUAGGUCACUCAAUGUCCUAAUCAUUUUAUACUCAGAAAAUACUUUCCAUUAGGGAAGGUGUCAAGAUAACCAGAAACUCUGUCCAGAAAACCAUCUCCAGGUUUGUCUGUCUGUGUAAGCAUGUGGUUUUAUUCUUAUAAAGAUGCAUUGACCAAA